AUGUGUUGAGAAUAAAUCUCAUAUUAAUGGAAGAAUAGAUCUUGGAUGGACUUAUAAGUAAGUUGAGGUACUCAUCAUAUUACCAAUUUUUAUAGUGUUACCUUAACUUUCUCUAUAAUGAGAUUCUUUACUUGUCUUGGCAGUUGUUCAAAUUUCACAUCUCACGUCAGAAUAAAAUUCUUCCCCGUUUCUAUAAACUUCUCUCCACUUCUCUCAUUUGAUUUCAUUUUCUUUUCAACUUCCAAAUCCUGUAACCAUUCUAGGUACUUAUAUUUGUCAAAUUUGUUUAUAUUUUGGAUCGAUUGUUCUUGCUUGCCAGAUCGGUAAUUCGGUUUGUAUUCCUUCUUGGAACUUGUUGCCUCCCAUUUGGUUACCCUUUGGUUGAAGAUCAAGUUAUAAGGUAGAUUGAACAUGGCAGCUAUAGUUAUUCCUACAGUUCUUAAUCAUGAGAACUAUCGCAAAUGGAGUUCUCGGAUUAAGACCUACUUGUUGGCCGAAGAUCUUUGGGACAUCGUCGAAGGCACCGAUAAACUUCCUGAAGAAGAAGACGCUGAAGCUGAACGUGAGGCUUGGAAGAAGAAGAAUGUCAAGGCCUUAUAUGCAAUCCAAAGUUCUUGCGGGGAUGUUAUUUACGAAAGAAUCGAGUACAAAACCAAUGCCAAAGAAGCAUGGGAUGCUUUGUAUGAUUUUUUGAACCCAAGAUAUACACCAUAUAUAAGCGAUACAGAUGAGAGAUCACUUGUUGAAGCGUAUCCAACCCGGAUUGAUGGUGAUGCUAGGCCAACCCCAAAUGAUCGUCAUGCUGCAAUGGAAGAAGGGCUCAAUGCAGCACAUGGUGAGAUCAGCAAUGCCGACGAUAUUGAUGCAACUUUCAUCAAAUACGUCAAGUCUAAAGAUUGGGAUAAUGUGAUCAAGUUGCUUCGCGAACAUCGCCGGCUAGGAGGACUUUCAGUUUACACGGAUAUGGGAAUUGAAGGCAAAGGUGGUACAGCACUUCACCACGCGAUCAGCCCGUUUCCGCACAUGGCCGUCAACGCGCGCAUUGUUGAACAGUUGGUGGAGUUGAUGGCAAAGGAAGACUUGGAAAAGCAAGACGGUUUUGGUCAGACAGCUUUUUUCCGCUUAAUGAGUUAUCAUCCAGAAAGGGUUGAAUUAGCUAAAUGCAUGCUUGAAAAGAACGACAAGUUACUUACUAUUUUGUGUCGUUAUGAGGGCAAGAGACCUCUGGUUGUCCUGGCAGAGACAAUGGAAAAUGCGGAAGGAAUGGCUCGCUAUCUUUACUCCGUCACUCCACAUGAAACAUUAAGAGUUACUGAUGGCGCUCAACUUAUUUCUCUUGGUUUUAAGCUCAACAGAUUUGAUAUUUCGUGGGAUUUGAUUCAACGUUACCCACAAUUGGCCAUGGCUAAAGACUACAACGAGAAUUUCCCCUUAGUAACAUUGGCAAGUAACCGUCAUGCAUUCUUAAGUGGGUGCCGGCUCAACUUUUGGGAAAAUUUGAUCUAUUGCGGUAUACGCAUAACACCUCUUCCUUCCAUUAAUGAUAAUCGUGUUGAUGUUCAAAAACCUGAAAGUGGCCAGAGUGAUCAAAGGCAUCUGUCAAACAAAAAGGAGAAUCAGAUGCCUCUCUCAGACCAAAAAGAGAAUCAAAGGCAUCUUAGUUCCUCAGGAGUGAGUUUAUUCCGAGGACUAGUCAUGAAUCUCCAAAAACUUUUGGGAAUCAAUCGCAUAUAUGAGAUGAAAUUGAUACAUGAGCGAGUCAAGCAGUUUUUACCUCUCAUGUGUAAAGCAAGUGGAUACUAUAUCCCAACAGUAGCUUUGUGCGUGGCAGCAGAACGAGGACAUGUGGAGUAUAUUAUUCAUUUCCUUAAACAAGCAUCAUCUCGCAGCAUUACAAACGAAAAGGGCCAGAACGUGUUUCAGAUUGCCGCUGAACGUCGUCACCAUAAAGUUUACAAUCUUAUAUAUGCCCUUGAUGAGUUACUCAAAGAAGAUCCAUAUCAAACACGAAUACAAGAGAGAAUGGGGUGGACAGAUAAAUUUGGCAAUAAUAUGUUACAUACAGUAGCAAGAAUUACCUCAGCGUCACAGAUUUAUCACAUUCGAGGUGCAGCCCUGCAAAUGCAAAGAGAACUACAAUGGUUCAAGGAGGUGGAGAGCAUUGCAGAUCCCAAGGAUUGUGAAUCUGUAAACGUAGAUAAUAAAACACCACGACAAGUAUUUACAGAUAGUCACAAUGAAAUGGGUAAAGAGGCAGAAAAGUCAAUGAAGGAAACAGCAACUUCUUGUACAGUUGUAGGUGCUCUCAUUGUCACCAUCAUGUUUGCUGCUGCAAUCACAGUUCCUGGUGGAAAUAAUGGAAAUACGGGUCUUCCUGUGUUCUUAAGUGAAAGGGUAUUCACAAUAUUUAUAGUUUCAGAUGCAAUCUCACUCUUUUCUUCUACAACUUCAGUUAUCAUGUUUCUGGGGAUUCUCACGUCACGCUAUUCUGAAGAUGAUUUCCGCAAAUCUUUGCCCACAAAAAUGAUAAUAGGCCUUUUCACCCUCUUUUUAUCUAUCGCCACCAUGAUGAUUGUCUUUUCUUGUGCCCUUUACAUUAUGCUUGAAGGGAAAUCAUCGAUUGUUAUUCCAAGCAUUUUGCUUGCCAGUGUUCCAGUUACCUCGUUCAUAUGGCUGCAAUUUCCAUUUCUUGUUGAGUUAGUUAUUUCCACGUAUGGACCGGGGAUAUUUGAUAGGAACCAAAAAAAAAUUGUUUUGAAUUCCUAUGUUAUCUUUAGUUAGGUUUGUAUUUGUGUUAAAAGUACGAAACUCACAUUUAUGUUGUCUAUAUGUUAAGCUUAAAAAUUUGUCAUACAUUAAGAAACUUGUAAAAAGGAGCCAAUAUAUGCGGCUUUCUAUUUAGCCAAUGAUGCGUGUGCAUUUUCUAUGUUCAAUAAUUUAUGUUCUUCCAUCCUAAAAGAAAAUUC